AUGGAUCUCGCCGGCUCCAUAUUUGUAAUCUUUGUUUUCGUAGUGAUCGUGGGAACUGUAGUUUUCCAACUUUUACCAAGAAUCUUUCCUAGGGCCCGUGAAAUACUUCCAGCUCAGAGCACAAUCACUUAUUUCCAAGUGAUUCCAAUUCUCUUCAUCUUCGCUGCUCUUAUAUGGCUGUUCUUCGCGACCUACCUCCAAAUGCACGUUGGCAACGAUGCUUAUUACACCGUGCAAGGGUGGCUACACAUUAUAUGGCUAGUCUACAUAUUCAGUAACGUCAUUUUCAACUAUUUAGCGACAGUUAUGGUAGUACCAGGAUAUCCACAACAUCAAGACGAGUUUUUGAAGAACCGGAAUUUCGUCAAGCGGUAUGAAAUGUGCAGCAAGUGUUCACGAAUUCGCAGCUCUGGGACUCAUCAUUGUAGCUGGUGCCAUACAUGUGUUGAAAUGAUGUGUCACCAUUGCCCUUUCACUAACAACUGCAUUGGGCUCAGGAACUAUAUCUAUUACUAUUCAUUCCUUCUCCAAGCAGUUGUUGGGCUUGGUUAUGCUUGUUAUCUCGCUAUCUUCCCCUUUCAAAAAUGCAUGUAUCACUAUGGCAUUAAGACUAUCAAAGAUCUGCUCAAGUACACCCAUGCCGGACGCUCAAUGUACACCUACGGAAAGACAGAAGACCACUUCUUGUUCGCAGAACUUACCAAGAACCACCCUGCGGAAUGUGAGGAGACUGGCCAAUACAGCAUUCUCCUUGCACCCUGCGUCGUCAUCUGGUUUUUCAUGUUUCUCCUCUUCACAUUCCAAACCCUUCUCCUAUUGGCCGAUAUGUCAAUUGUAGAUUUCUACGAGGUGUUUGGGAGGUCUAGCUCAGUCUGCGAUUUCUUCUCGUCUCUCAAGUUAAGCAUUACCAAGAAAAAGAAGUCCAGGUUCUUGCUACUCAUCUAUAAUCAGCGUUCCAGUUGGUGGCGGUUCUUCCUCCCAAAUUUUACAGAUGUAAAUGUGGAUGGGUCACUCAAAGACAUGUAAUUAUUUUACAGUGUGGUUCGCAUCUAUCCAUGGCCACAACAGUUUAAGGAAACCAGCCAAUCAGAAGAGAGAUUUGAUUGACACCAUUGUAGUGAUUUAGUUGCUUUGCAAUCAAAAUUGUGUUACACAUUCUAAAAAUAUUUAUUGGUGGCUACAGAUAGUAACAUGCAUUGUACUAAUGGUGAAUGUAGACAUCCUUGCUGUGAAUGUCAUGUAUUUAUUCAAUUUGAAUGUAACUGCAUAUAAUUUCAUCAAUAAAAUAUUUGUCAAUUUUCUUUAA